UUUAAUUCAUAUGCAGAGAAAUGUGAUUUUGUUUAUAUAAAUAUUUAUUAAUCAUCAUGGUGAAUAAUUUAAAACCCGAAUGUUCUUUUGCAUCAUGGUAUCCUCAAUUUCGUAAAGAUUCUUUAAAUGCUACUAUUUUUAAUAUUCCUGAAGAAGUACUUACGUACUUGGAACAUGAUGCAUUUAUACUACCUGUAGAAGCAACAAAUUCUGCGUUGCAAAACACUGAGUGGUUGGAUGGAUCUCCAAUAGAAGACGAACAGCACUCUCUAGAUUUUCAACCAACAUUCCCAGAAUUUAGUAAAAGAAUUCAAGAUACGAUAGACGAAUAUAAUGCAGUUUUCAUUAAAAGUAAUUGGAGUUCACCUUUGGAUGCAACUUGGGUUGCUCCGACCAAAACUCUCAAAUGCAAAACAUUAGAAGAAGUAUAUUUACUGUUAAAAAGUUCAGACAGAAUCGCAAAAGAUUUGAGUAAUGUUAAGUGUUAUUCAAAUUGCGAAAAUUCAUUGACACCGUGUCUAGUAAUAAAGAAAUGGCAGGAUAUUAAUCCUUGUACAGAAUUUCGAUGCUUCGUAGUAGACAAUGAACUAAUAGUUGAAUUUUGUAUAGGAAUUAGCCAACGAGAUAUAUCGCAGUACUAUACCUACAAUGAUUCAGAAAAGUAUAACAUUCAGACAGAUAUCAAAAGUUUGUUUAUGGAACGUAUUAAAGGCAGAUUUCCAUUGAAUCACUAUUCAUUCGAUGUUAUUCGUUUUAAAAAGGAGAAGGUAAAAAUAGUUGACUUUGGUCCAUUAGAUGAGUCUGCUACCAAAGGAACCCUUUUUACAUACGAUGAAUUACAAAAUCAAAUAAAACAUACACCAGAAUUUCGAUUUAUUGGCGAAGAAGUUGGUAUACAACCGAAAGCUUCAAAUCAUUUUUGUAUUCCACAAGAAAUAAAUGAUUUUUUUAAUUCUAACGAAAGUUCCACCUUAUUAGACAUUAUUCAACGAGAGGUAGAAAAUCAGCAGAAAGACUCGGAGAGCGACACUUGAUGUAUGUCAUAGAAAAGUUGUACGUGUGUAUGUUGAUACGAUUAUACAAAGGAUUUAAAUAAAAUAAUGUAUUGCUUGAUACUUCAAUUUAGUAUCGUUAUUUAACUUUUGUGAAAAAGGAAAAUAUAUUUAUAUAAAAAAAAUUCAGCGUACGAUAAAUAACGAAAUAAAUAAACGUACACCUUGGGAACAUUUUUAAAUACAGAACUUUCACUUUUAUUCUGUCAGACCCUCUUCUAUCAUUACAUUACAUAAAACGAUUAAAGGCUAUCCUACCGCUUAAAAGAAUUAUCGUAAUAUUGCAAUAUUUUUCGAGCCAUCGGCUUUACCGAGCGACGUCCCUUAUAUAGAAAAUAUGUCUUGUUUAUGUACAAUAUGUAAUCCUUAAUACCCCAAUUUGAAAAAGGAUUCUCGAUAUAUGUACCUCCGGACAAAUUAAUGCGCUGUACAGUCAUAUCCACGGAGUAUUCUUAUUUUUUUCGUCUUUUUUUCUCUUCUUUUAUUUAUGUGACAAAAGUUAACGAGAUCAAGCGAUUACAACAUCAGUUGUUUCUUAUUAACAUUUCUAAUUUUGUUUUUUCGUGAUAGAUUUUCAAAUACGAAAACACUUAAUGAUAGCUUUUAGCAACUCUGAAUAGAAUCGACUCUUUUUCACUUUUUUCUGUAUUAGCAGUUUCGUCCGUAUCAGGAUAUACCUCGAGAUUAUCGGUAUACCGAGUCUUGCAUCUAAUUACUGAUAAGUAUUCGACAAUGAUGAUAUUUAUAAGUGAACCAAGAAUUCGUCUACACGAUAGUCGAGCAUGUUCAAUUAUGUAAGAUGCGAUAACAAUACCUAUUUUGUCACAGUUAUUUUAUAAUUGGUAUUAAUCAUUAAAAAAAAAA